UGAGCAUCUUGAGCAGCUUGAGCAGUAUCCAGCAGGUUGUCUCUUGAGUAUAAAGAAGCCUGCUGACCAUCUAGCAACAGACAAACCAUCAUGGUCGCAUCACAGGGCCCACGAACGCUCUACGACAAGAUCUUUGCCGACCACACCAUCGACCUCCAACCAGACGGCACAGCACUCCUCUACAUCGACCGACAAAUCUGUCAUGAAGUCACCACACCACAGGCAUUCGCCAACUUGCGCGCCACAGGCCGUGGUGUGCGACGACCAGAUUGUACACUUGCAACAACCGACCACAACGUCCCCACCACCCCACGCAAGCAUUUCAAAAAUAUCUCGAGUUUCAUUGAAGAGGCGGAUUCACGAUUGCAGUGUGAGACGUUGGAGGAGAAUGUCAAGUUCUUCAAGUUGACGUAUUUCGGUCUCGCUGAUAAGCGACAGGGUAUCGUGCAUGUGAUUGGACCUGAACAAGGGUUCACCUUGCCUGGUACAACCAUUGUGUGUGGUGACUCGCAUACCUCGACUCAUGGUGCAUUUGGUGCAUUGGCAUGGGGUAUUGGUACGUCUGAGGUGGAACACGUCCUUGCCACACAAACACUCAUUACGCAAAAGAGUAAAAACAUGCGUGUUCGCGUCGAUGGCCAACUCGCAGACGGUGUCACCUCCAAAGACCUCAUCUUGCACGUUAUCGGCGUGAUCGGUACAGCGGGUGGAACGGGUUGUGUCAUUGAAUUCUGCGGCACGGCUAUUGAAAAGUUGAGUAUGGAGGCGCGUAUGUCGAUUUGCAAUAUGUCGAUCGAAGGCGGUGCGCGCGCGGGUCUCAUCAAUCCCGAUCAGACGACAUUUGAUUAUCUCAAGGGUCGUCCUAUGGCGCCUCAAGGUGAAGAAUGGGAUCGUGCAGUGGCAUACUGGAAGACACUUGUCUCUGAUGCAGAUGCCAAGUACAAUAUCAGUGUUGACAUCAAGGGCAGUGAAAUUGUGCCGACCGUCACUUGGGGUACCUCGCCACAAGACGUCGUGCCCAUCACGGGACGUGUUCCUGAUCCAGCACAAGCAACAGAUCCUGCCAAGAAAGCUGCCAUUGAACGUGCACUCAACUACAUCCAGCUCAAACCAGGCACCCCAAUGACGGAAGUGUACGUUGAUAAAGUCUUUAUUGGUUCGUGCACCAAUGCGCGUAUUGAAGAUUUACGCUCAGCAGCACGCAUUGUGCAGGGUAAGAAAAUCGCAAGCAACAUUAAACGCGCCAUGGUCGUGCCUGGCUCGGGUCUCGUGCGUCAACAAGCAGCAGCAGAAGGUCUCGAUGCAAUCUUUGAGGCUGCUGGGUUUGAGUGGCGUGAAGCUGGUUGUUCCAUGUGUUUGGGCAUGAAUCCCGAUAUUCUUGCACCGGGCGAACGUUGUGCAUCGACCAGUAAUCGCAACUUUGAAGGAAGACAAGGUGCGUUGUCAUUGACACAUUUGUGUUCCCCUGCCAUGGCUGCAGCCGCUGCUAUUGCAGGACACUUGGUGGAUGUGCGCGAGUUGCAAGACUUGAAGGAUGUCCCCAAACCAAAGAGCAUCGGUACAAAUGAAACGCAAGCUGGAGAAGAUCUGGUGCCUGAGGAUGCCAUCAAUGAUUUACCACAAUCUGAUGCUGAAGCAGAGUUGGAAGCACAAAAGUCAUUGGCUGAUGGAGCAUUGCCCAAAGUCACGCCUGAAGCGGUAGGCAUGCCUAAAUUUGAAGUGGUGGAAGGGAUUGCAGCGCCCAUGAAGAUUGACAAUAUCGACACCGACAUGCUCAUCCCAAAACAAUUCCUCAAGACUAUCAAGCGUACGGGACUCGGCACUGCCCUGUUCUGGUCUAUGCGUUACAAUGAUGAUCAACCCAACAUGGACUUCAUCCUCAACCAGAAGCCCUACACCGACAGCAAGAUUCUUGUCGUUGAUGGCGUCAACUUUGGCUGUGGCUCUUCUCGUGAGCAUGCACCCUGGGCACUCCUUGAUUUCGGCAUCAAAGUCAUCAUUGCCAACUCCUUCGCUGACAUCUUCUUCAACAAUUGCUUCAAGAAUGGUAUGUUGCCCAUCAUCCUUGACCAAGACACCAUUCGCACAAAACUCAGUCCCGUUGCUGGAAAGGGAGAAGCGUUGGCUGUUGACUUGCCUAAGCAGGAGAUUCGUUCAGCGAGUGGCGAAGUGCUAGCGACGUUUGACGUGGAGGAAUUCAGGAAGCACUGUCUUGUCAAUGGCUUGGAUGAUAUCGGCCUUACCAUGCAAAAGAAUGACAAGAUUACGGCAUUUGAGCGGAUGCGUACAGAACAUUUCCCUUGGCUUGAUGGUAAGGGUUAUGAUCUACAAAUACCCGCGGCUGUGAAAUACGUUUCUACCAACUUUGGCAAUUACGCUUAUAGUCCCGGUUCUUGGAGCGCAGCCUAG